AUGGUGGAAACACCUACCGCGUCGCGGCGGUCAUCGCGUCGCCAGUCCUCGUUCCCCCCUGAGCUGCUAUCCGACGCCGACAACGACUCGAGCUCGGCCGGCGACGUGUCGACACGCACUCGGUCUUUGCGCCGCCGCACCGCCAAGUUCACCGAAAGCUUGAACGAAGAGGAGGAGGAGACGAAGCCCCAGACCAAUGGCAAAUCUGCUCACGGGGAAGAGGUCGUUUCCAAUGGCUCCCCCAAAAAGUCCACCCCGAAGUCGACACCCAAGAAGCAGGCCGCGCCAAAGUCAGCUGAUGCCGGCGUUGUUGACGGAUGGCGCGAAGGCCAGGACCCCAAGGUUGACUACUCGGGCGAGUUCGAGUUCGGCGGUUCUGUUGGCACUCUGGCCAUGAUGAUCCUUUUCCCGGUUCUGAUGUGGUACAUGUGGAUUGGGGCGACCUACUAUGAUGGCAAAUUUCCCUCCAGAGCACCAGGCCAGAGCUGGGCCUCUUUUGGGGCACAGCUCGUCAACUACGUGUAUACCGGCGCGUUUCCCCAUGUCAAGGCUUGGUUCUGGUAUUGGUCGUAUCUCAUCUUCCAAGGUGCCUGCUACUGCUUGCUCCCUGGUGUAUGGGGCUGGGGCAAGCCUCUUCCCCACGAAGGGGGCAAGCAGCUCAAGUACUACUGCAACGCAUUUGCCACGCUCUACUUUACGCUUGCUAUCCUGGCGACCCUGCACUUCACCGGCAUCUGGCCGCUUUACAAUGCCAUUGACGAGUUCGGCCCCCUCCUGUCCGUUGCCAUCCUGAGCGGCUUUCUGGUCAGCUUUGCUGCAUACUUCUCCGCCCUCUACCGCGGAAAGGAGCACCGCAUGACUGGCUACCCCAUCUACGACUUCUUCAUGGGUGCCGAGCUGAACCCGCGCAUGUUUGGCAUAUUGGACUUCAAAAUGUUUUGCGAAGUUCGCAUGCCGUGGUACUUCCUCCUCAUCCUCAGCUUGGGUACUGCCGCACGUCAGUGGGAGCGCUACGGCUACGUCUCCGGCGAAGUCAUGUUCCUCGUCAUGGCUCACUACCUCUACGCCAAUGCCUGUGCCAAGGGCGAGGAGCUCAUCAUCACCACCUGGGACAUGUACUACGAGAAAUGGGGGUUCAUGCUCAUCUUCUGGAACCUCGCCGGCGUUCCGCUGUCCUACUGCCACUGCACCAUCUACCUCGCUAAUCACGACCCAUCCGAGUACCACUGGAACCGCUGGUUCCUAGCCUUCUUGUACAUUGCCUACCUCUUCUGGUACUGGGUCUGGGACAGCUGCAACAGCCAGAAGAACCGUUUCCGCGCAAUGGAGCGCGGAAAGAUGGUUGCCCGCAAGACUUUCCCCCAAGUUCCCUGGCAGACCAUCCAGAACCCCAAGACCAUUGAGACUCCCCAGGGCACCAUCCUCGUCGACGGCUGGUACGGUCUUGCCCGCAAAAUUCACUAUACCGCCGAUGCGUGGUUCGCCAUCUCCUGGGGCCUGAUUACUGGGUUCAAGAGCCCAUUCCCUUGGUUCUACCCAGUCUUUUUCUGCUGCAUGAUUGCGCACCGCGCCGCGCGGGAUAUUCACCGCUGCCGUAAUAAGUACGGCGAGCACUGGCUCGAAUAUGAGCGACAAGUUCCCUACCUCUUUAUUCCUUACGUCAUUUAG